UCCCCAUGUAGGGAGGGGAAGAGUAUCAGACUUCCUGUUUGGCUCUCCGUGAUGUUUCCUUGCUUUCAGCAAAGCUUUCUGGAUAAGCAGUAACGUUAGUUAGGUAACGGCCUGUUUUAAGGCUUGGUACCCCACUGUAAUUAGCAUACAAACGAGGUGAAUUAACACCUCGUCGAAACCGAAGCGGCAGUGAAAACGGAAGCGGAGCUGCUGAAAGCAUCUGUCCGCAGAUCAGUGAGGUUAGCUGGGACUGCGCUAAGCGACGGAGCGGCGGAGGAGACACUCGUGUUUUUAACUUCCCAAGGCUCGAAACUACGCGAGGACUUCAAGAAACCUCUGUCGUCCAACCUGGAGAAGGCGAGUCCUCGCAGUAUGUGGUUGGAGCCACGGGCGUUGUAGGAUGAAGAGCCCGGCGCACCGCACCAGGGACAUUGAGAGGAAAGCUGGCUACCUGAAGCCGGAGCACUGCGCCCCUCCCCCACUCCGCACCGGCUCCGACACCAUGUGGUUCAUCCGUGACGGCUGCGGCAUCGUGUGCGGCGUCAUCACCUGGUUCCUGGUCUUCUACGCUGAGUUUGUGGUGGUGUUUGUCAUGCUGCUGCCUGCCAAGAACGUGAUCUACAGCCUCUUCAACGGGGUGAUCUUCAAUGGCCUUGCUUUCCUCGCCCUUGCCUCUCACGCCAAGGCGAUGUGCACAGACCCGGGAGCUGUGCCUAAAGGGAACGCUACCAAAGAAUUCAUUGAAAGCCUGCAGCUCAAACCAGGACAGGUUGUGUACAAGUGUCCAAAGUGCUGCAGCAUAAAGCCUGACAGAGCUCACCACUGCAGUGUGUGUAAACGCUGCAUCAAAAAGAUGGACCACCACUGUCCCUGGGUAAACAACUGUGUCGGAGAGAACAACCAGAAAUACUUUGUGCUCUUCACAAUGUAUAUUGCACUAAUAUCCUUCCACGCGCUAUUGUUGGUGACCUUCCAUUUUGUUUUCUGCUUUGAAGAAGACUGGACAAAGUGCAGUAACUUCUCUCCCCCAGCAACUGUCGUCCUCCUCAUCCUCCUCUGCUUUGAGGGUCUCCUCUUUCUGAUCUUCACUGCAGUCAUGUUUGGGACCCAGGUCCAUUCCAUCUGCAGCGACGAGACGGGUAUCGAACAGCUUAAGAAGGAGGAGAGACGAUGGGCCAAAAGGUCAAAAUGGAUGAGUAUGAAGGUGGUGUUUGGUCAUCCAUUCUCUAUAGCCUGGCUGAACCCCUUUGCAACACCCGACCACGGCAAGGCAGACUUGUACCAGUACAUUGUGUGAAAGCUAGAAGCCUAGCUGAGCUCUUCUGCUGAGGACUUCCUGGUCUGCCCUCCUAUUGGCUGGACCUAAAUGAGCAUGAACUCCUCUUUACCAAUUCUCCAUUUUCUUUUGUGCACGGUUAUUACAUUUAUCAAUAUUUCAGGGUGUCUUGUUGUAAACUACGUUGUCAAAAUACGUUUUUUUUUAACCUUUUUUUUUUAAACCUUUUUUUUCCCCUCUUGGUGCUGGCUGAGAAUAAUGAACUGUUGCUGUUAAAAAAAAAAACAAGAAAGAAAACUUAUCAAACUAAGCAGCGACAACUCGACACAAAGCACUUGAUAAGAGUUGGCGAGACGACACCAAGAGACUGAGUUCUUCAUGCAGUAUGUCUGACCAUUUCCUGCUUCCAAGACUAAAUAAUUUGAACUCUAAACUGAAGUCCACAACGUUUUUGCAGUCCGAGUGCCAAGAUGGACUUCUGGUUUUGUCUUUCUGUAAAUGGUUGUGAUUAUGUCACUUCUUCAUUCGCCGCAUUCUUGUCGCUGCAAUAGGCUUUGGCCGAGUGCUGCAGAUGAUUUGCCUUAGAACAGUGCAUUAGUGAAUGGUGGCAUCUGCUGCUUUUAAAAAAACAUAACUAUUAUUUUGCCUUAAUGUAACAGUCAGAGUUAGACACUGUCACAGUGGGUAAAUAUUAUUUUUAAAUGAGUGAGAUUUGUCGUUCUUUGAUCGCCAGAUAGGUAAAUUAGUUUGAGUUUAGGUAUGUUUUGUCUUUUGGUCAUUUAUACUGGCUAUUUGCCAAGUUCCUGCUCAGACUGGGACUGUGAAGGACAUUCAAAGGCUGUAGGACCACAAUCGGCAUCAGGACCAUAAUCUUUAAGAUUUCAUUCCUGGUUGAUUUGUCAACACAAAUUAUUAGUGGUGUUACAGCAAAUGCAAUGUUAAUUCUAUGAUAAUGAAAAUAUGGGAUUUAUGUUAGUUUGAUGUCAUGAAAUUUAAAGUACAUCAGUCUUCCACACGGAUCCGAUGUUUUCAUCUGCAGCAAUUUUUCAUCUCUAAAGCUUUCACCGAGGCCAGAAAGACCAUGUUAGAAAUGGACAUUUUAAUUGUCGCAACUGUGGAAAGUACUUUGGUGCAGAUGGUUAUAGGCCUCUUCAAAGCAUUUAACACUAAAAAUGCCUUUAUUUAAAUGUGUUCGAAAGCCUUACUCUAUUUAUAAAACGUGCUUUUGAGGGAGAUGAAAGGACAUAUUUGAACACACAUAAGUUGCCAAAUUGAAUGCUCAAACAUAAAAUGGAAAGUAACCAUUUUAAGACUAGAGCACAGUCAGGAGUUACAUUUUCUUAGGCUUCUUAAAAAUGUAAAAAGGUUAUUAAAUGGUGGUUCAACAGAUAUUUCAGUUUACACAUACAGUACACCAGCUUUUUUUUUCUUGAAUUGUUCAAUUAUUUGUGGUCAGGUUGGAAUUUGAUUUAUUACUUACUGUGGACCACUAUAUAUAUUUUCUUUUAGAUUGGUAUUUGUUUAAAUCCGAAUAUAAUAAAAUGUAAUGUAUGUGACACAACUUUC